CCUUAAGCUAUGUUUGCAAUAUGUAUACGUAGUGCUGUUAGGACGCUGUAUGCUGGCAUAGGAUUGGACUUUUGCGUAAAUUGUGUUUACAAUUACGUAAGUAGCAGUAUAGACGGGUAGGCGUGACUUACUUCUCCCAGAGCAGCGAAGCAAAAUGGAUGAAGAAAGAGACGAUGAACUUUUGCUUCUGUUACUGCUUUUGUGGUGCAGAAACAAGAGAAAGCGACACCCAAAGAGACUCUGGGUCAAACAUAUAUACAGUUUAAGAAGACACUAUAGUGAGUACCAUAAUCUGCUUCAAGAAAUGAGGUUAGCAGAUCCAGAGUCUCACUUCAUGUAUUUGAGGAUGAAAAGAGAGACAUUUGAUGUUUUAGUCAGAGUAGUGACCCCUUACCUCACCCGUAGACGUUAUAUUAGUGGUAACAGACCAAGCAUAACACCAGCAGAGAAGUUGGCACUUACUCUACGUUUUCUAGCCACUGGAAAUUCCCAGAUAUCUUUAUCAUUCAAUUUCAAAAUGGGUUGGGCAACUGUCAGUAAAGUUUUACAUGAAACAUGCUGUGCUAUUUGGGAUGCAUUGGUCAGUAGUUAUUUGAAGUUUCCCCAAUCAAUAGAAGAAUGGAAAGCAAUUAGCCUGCAGUUUUGGAGAUCAUGGAACUUUCCUAACUGUUUUGGUGCAAUCGAUGGGAAACAUGUAGUGAUUCAAGCAUCCAAUAAUAGUGGUUCAACAUAUUACAACUAUAAGGGGACGUUCUCAGUUGUACUAUUAGCAGUUUGUGAUGCUUAUUACCAGUUUUUAAUGGUUGAUAUUGGGGGAAAUGGAAAAGAAAGUGAUGGUGGGAUUUUAUCAUACUCAUCAUGUGGAACGUCCCUAGAAAUGGACUCAAUUAACUUACCUGAUCCAACAUCUUUACCUGAUCAAUCAGAUUUGAAAGCUCCCUAUGUCUUUGUAGGUGAUGAUGGCUUUCCAUUAGGAACUAAUUUGUUAAAGCCAUUUCCAAGAAAUAAUAAUAUAACAAAGGACAAGUCCUAAUUCAAUUACCAAUUAAGUCGUGCUCGUCGAACAAUAGAAAACGCUUUUGGAAUACUUGCUGCUCGGUUUAGAAUAUUUAAACGCCCAAUUAAUGCUACUCCAGAUCAUGUUGUAAGUUAUGUUAAGGCUUGUGUCAUUUUGCGCAAUUUCCUUUGAGUACAUGAAUCUCCAGUUUAUUGUCCACCUGGUUUCGCUGACACUGAAGAUGUUGAAGGAAAUGUUGUUUUAGGCCAGUGGCAACAGCAAACACAAGAUGAUACUGGCAUUAAUAAUAUAGCAAGUACGAAAAGUAACAGAGGUAGUUGGGAAGCUGUGUCUGUAAGAGACACAUUUAUGAAAUACUUUUUGACAAGAGAAGGUGAAUUAUCUUGGCAAAAUUACCAUGUUCAACGAGUAUCAUAUGACUGAAUUGUAUCAAUAAUGUAUGACAAUCAAUUUAACAAUCAAUUAUGCAUAACAAGCUAUUACAAUAAUAAUAAUAAUA